AAUACUAGUAAAUUCAGCUUCGACGUUGUUCUUCCCGGUGGUCGACAUCGACAAUGGAACACCUUCCACUUCAGGAGACGGAGCUCAGAGAAAGGAGCGUUGGAGGUCUGAGCAAGGAGCUGUCACCUAACCCGCCAACCACACCUAUCAGCCUUGCUCUAUGUCCGAUAUCCGAGCAAGAGGCCAAGGACAAGAGCCUUCCGGCGUUGAAGUCAUUGCCUCUCAUACUACGCACGCCUUUCAUCUGCAGUGCGCUCGUUUUCAACCUCCUGGUCCUCGGCCUCCUCAUUUCUUUAUUAUUCUACGACUACUUUAGUUUCAGCAACCGCUGGAGCUAUCUCGCCAUCCAAAUCCUGCCUCCUGUUCUCGGCACAAUAACUGCUUCGCUUUGGCAUGCCAUUGCUGUAAACCUCAGCCGCAUGACACCCUUCAUGUUGGCCGCGGAACCAGAAGGAUCUGCUUUUGGCAAAACGAUCCUGGGCGCGUAUUUUCCGGGACUCAGCCUGCGAAACGCAAUCGCCAAUGGCAACGGACUCCUGGCGUUUGUCUGGAUUUUAGAGAUUAUCUCCGCGACGAUCUUGUCGUUCAAAUCAUCACUGCUGAACACGGCGAAUUACGAUGAUUAUGUCGAGGCUGUGGUCACCCCUUGGGCACUGUACUCGCUCAUUGUUAUCUAUGCUCUGAUGUGUGUACUCAUGGGUAUUCUGACAUGUAGAUUGUAUGAUCUUGUUACCGGCUUGAGGUGGGAGCCAGCGUCGAUAGCGGACCAUUUGGCUCUGUUCCGUCACAGUGACUUUCUUGACAAGUUUGAAGGCACGGAUACUGCGGAGAGGGAUUCUUUAUGGGACCGUCUGCAGAACGAUCAUCUGAAGCUUGGACGGAUACAAGCGACAAAGGCAAUACCGGCACCAUCAGAUAGCGACGGACAAGAACAACAACCACAGCGAACCGGAGUGCAAGGCACUCAAAAGGCAUCCCAGCCUCCCGCUACCAAAAAAUUCUCCUUACGAGACAUCGCCGAUACUCGUUACCGCUCUGUAGCCUUGAACAUGGAACAUUGGAUGGCAUAUAUCUGGAUCAGCCUCACCCUAACACUACUAGCCGCCUCCAUAACCGGCCUGGCGAUCGGUCUCGUGGGCGGGCAAACAACCUCAAUGUCCUACAACUGGGCGACCGUGGUCUUCCAAUUCAUCCCCGCGUUCAGCGUCAGCCUUUACACGUGGUUUUGGCAAGACGUAGACCUCUUCGCCCGAUCGACACAACCCUUCAGAGGCAUGUCAAGCCCCAAACCGGCUUCCGAAAACCUUCUCUUGGACUACAACACUCUCCCUCCUUUUGUUGUGACUUUCGUGGCUCUGAAGAACGGACACAAGAGAAUUGCGUGGACAUCGGUCGUGGCAAUUGUCCAACGAUUGCUUCCCGUCCUCACAGCAGGAUCAACAACCGUGGUCCCUGGAGACGAAUCAGGAUCGAUUGUAUACGCGUCCAUGCCACUCUUCAUUUGCAUCACCAUCUGGCUCGCUCUGUACUGCUUCCUCAUUCCACUCGAGGUCUUUGGCCGGAAGCUGCCCCAACAUUACGUCAAAAGACAUCUACCACGCUCUUACAGUUCCAUCUCCGACCUCAUCUCCUGGGCGUAUGCGAGCAAACUCCUCCGUUCGGACGACGGCGAUCCGUUUGACUUCCCCAUCUCAGGACCGAAGAACGAGCGAUGGUAUAUGGAGGCGCGUCUGAGACUCAAGCUGAAUCAUGACAGAUCGGAAUUCGCGACGUAUUCGUUUGGUUUGUACGAAUCUGUAAAACACAAAGGUGUCAUGUGCAUGGGGUUCGAUGUUGCUUCGAAUGCGGUAACGAUUCCGUGCGGAAGACGUGUCAGCAAAGAGGGUAAAGAAGACGUGGAAGCGACGCAGGAGUUCACAGUCAUGUUGGCACCAAAGGACUCAAAGCAUGUAUUGGGCGCGACGAGAGAGCGGCCGACGGACUUGAAGACGUUGGCUGAGCAACAACCUCCGCAUCAAGCAGAAGAGGAAGAACCCCAAACUGAAGCUAUAUAACUAGGAUAUUAUUUUGGGGAUAUAGCGUAAUCAUGCGUGUUGUAAGCAGAUAGACGCAACACAGUAAGACUCUAGUAUAGUAACUCAGUGUAGAAGCUAAUACCCAGCCUCUUUGCACACAGUAAACAUCAGUAAGAAUACACAAUGAUAGUGACAGAGAGCUAAUAAGCCCUCUCUUAACAUUUAGUUG